AUGGACCUGGCGACAUCUUCUGAGACAGUUACACGCACGUUCAAGGGCCUGUCCGACGCCAAGACGCGAGUAGAUCAAGCGACUCAGGAAGACGCGUCUUUUCCGGACCUAGCGGACCAGCUGAACGCCCAAUCGGAGCCUCAGAACUAUUUCUUUGAACCGUAUGCAUCCCAAUGGAUCCCUCAAGUCGCGAAAAAGGGAUCGGUGAUCCCUCUCCCAGGCGUCGUAGCUGCUGCCCUGGACGAGACAAAGACACUGGCACUCUCUGGUCUAUUGCCCGAGAUCCGGGCGGUCUGGACGUCCGUGGACACCCGUCUCUUCCUCUGGAGCUACGCCCAACGAGGCCGCUUUGCUGCCAAAGAGUUCGACCAAGCCAUUGUCGCUGUGGGACUCGUCCCGCGGCCAGCAUCAGGCGUGUUUACGUCCAAAGUCUCUCAUGUACUGGUGGUGGCUACGACCGUGGAGGUCGUGCUGCUUGCAGUUGUUGCCGAGAACAAUACGUCGGAGACGACGGGUCAAGCGGGAUUUGUCAAGCUUCAGACGACAAAACUCAGUGUCAGUACUGACAAAUGCGUGGUCCGGAGGAUCGUGACCACACGCAGUGGUCGCGUUUUCUUUGGAGGCUCCGAUGGUGCGCUCUAUGAGGUCUUGUAUGCACCCGAGCAAAAAGCUGCAGCGGACCGCAAUUCGCUGCUUGGAGCCGCCUGGAAAAAUGUAUCGGGCGCGGGCGGAGCAGAUGAGUGCAGGAAGAUUACGCACACGUCGAGCUACGCACAGUAUUUGCCAAAGUUCCUUGCUGGAUUGGCCAGUGCACCUGGAAAAGUCGUGGACAUGUGCGUGGAUCACACGCGGCAUAUUCUCUAUGUCCUGCACGAUGAUGCGCUCGUGAGUGUUUUUGAUCUGGGAGCCAAUGGAGACGAGUGCAAGGCAGUGUGCGUUGUCAAUCUAUUGGUUGAUGGUGCAAAGUAUGCUCGUGAGAACCGCCGGACACGCGUCUCGUGCCCUGACGAGCGGCUUUUUCAGCCGGCAGUGGCUGGGACGUCCAAUGCAAUGAAGAUUGUGGCAUUAGCAACUGUUUCUCCUGACGAAUCGAAAGUAGUCACGCUGGUUGCUGUGACCUCGAACGGCAUUCGGUUUUAUAUGACAGUUUUCUCGCGGCGGUACUUGUAUUCCGAACCUGGCAGUCAGAGUAGAACCAAGCGGCCAUCCAGACUCGAGAUCCUCCACAUUCGGCUGCCUCCCCCGGCAAUCGCACUGCGCGACGCGCCGCCGUAUCACGCCAAAGAAGGCAUGCAACCAGGAUAUGCUCCGGGCAAGAGUCUAGAUGCUGUGCAUGUGGCAUUCCAUCGCAAAGGAGUUUUUUUGUGUGUUGAAGGACGACGAGAUGAACAGGACCAGCUCGUGGGUAUUGCGUAUGACCCUAUUAGCACCACAGCGCUUCCUCUUCAGUCGGGUUUGACGGCGAAAAAGCCGACAAUCCGCGAGGCAGUCUCAUUAGACACUUGUAUUGGUAAAGUUGUGGACAUUCAGGAAUUGGAUCCGCACUCAAGCGAGGGUUCUGAUCGGGCAUGGAUGCAGCAUAUGGAAGGCGCGGCAUCGACUUCGAAUGGGUCGAGCAGUGGCAGUAAGCGGUCGUUUGACGAAAUGUCUACUGGUAUCUCCGUUGAGAGUACUCUUGAGAACGCGCCUGUGGUUGGCGAGAUGGCCCUUAUGUACUCUCAGCCGUCUCGCCACUUUUUGUGUUUGAGCAAUUCGGGCAUUCAGGUUUUCAAGAAGAUCCGACCACUGGAUCAACUUCACCGCGUACUUUUACUUUCUCGAGGCCACGAGCUCAAUGCUGCACUCGUCCCGUUUAUACGCUCCUUUGGCGAGAUUCAAUUGGUCUGCAUGCUGCUUGCGCUGGCAUGCGGCGUCCCAACGGAUCCUCUGGUCAGUGAAACCUCCACGGCAGCUUCGCUAGUUGCACCGCGCCCGGGUGGGUUAGCACCGAUGAAAAGUGACGAUUACAUCUAUUCCGCUGCCGUACAGUGUAUUUUUGAAAUUGCGCAGGGACCUCCUGACAACGUGCCUGAGGAGCCUGUAGGUACAUCUACGGCCGUUGGCUCCUCUAGCUCAACGCGUGGUACUCGCAUCGUGCUUACCACGGAAUUUGGCAUGACCUACCAGCAUGAUGGCCUUGUGACUUUUGCGUGUCGUGUGCUGCGACCGCUAUGGACAACAGCGACACUUGGCCGGCGUGUGGUUUCUCGCGUGUCUACUAGUAGUAUGAAUUUCGACACGUCAUCCGCUAAAGCUCCUGCGCACAUGACCAGCUUCGAGGCUAUUCAUUCCCCCGAAAAGUUGGACGAGAUACGUGAGAUUUUGUUCCAGCUGAGGCAAUUGAUGGAAAGUGCUGGCCCAUUUGCCAUGUCAAUUAGCGGAGGUGCUGCACUUGAGAACAAUCCUAGCUUGGACGGCAUGGUAGAAGAAAAUGCUGGAUGCGGACUAUCUCGUGUAUCGGAGCUUGUAGAGCGCCACCAGAAGUCGCUUAGUGAAGACCAGUUGAAGCGCGAGAUGCGAAGUAAAGCCGAGCAACGCUCGCUGUAUUACCUUUAUCAGAUCGUGCUGCGCAGUAUUGAAGCUAUUUCAUUGCUGCGAAUUGCGCAAGGUUACAAGGUAUCUCUGGAGGAACCUCUUGCCCGGCUUAGUUUCAGCGAUUUUGUGACCACGAAGGAAGGUCUUUUAGCCGCUAAGACUAUGUCGAAAGCGUUGAUGCGAGGCUGCAAUGCCAACAACCAGUUUCUGAUCAAGCAAUUACGCGAACAGUGUCCCACUUAUUUCUCAGUGUCAGAUUUGUGGCACUAUCAAGGUUACCGAAGCUUGUCCGAUGCUAAACUUAGUGGAUCUCCCGAGGCUCGCAAAAAGUUAUUGAAGGAGUCUCUUGAUCAAUUUUUGAACUCUUGUCACAUGUGGGACACCGAAGACUGCUUGGAUGUGCUACAAGGCAUUUGCGAAGACUAUGCUUUGCUGAAUUUUUAUGAAGGCGUGGUGAAGCUCUCGCUAGCAUGUGCGAAACACUUCGAUGACGCGGCUGCUUCGGAUCUGAGCGGUGUCAAGCAAACUUGGAAACGCCGGUGCUUUGGCUGCAUCUUGCUUGCGCUUCAGCAACUUUUGGGUGGGGACACGAACAGCUCAUCUUGCGCUGUGGCGAACGGGGCUAGUCCGCAAGCUGUGGAGGAGAUGGUGGCGCUGGAUGAUGAUACACGGAACAAGUGCGUGGAAGAGUUGUUUCAUUUUGCUCUGGCGUCUGUAGACGAUAGUUUUCACAGCCUGCUGUACACGUGGUUGUACGAGCGUGGGCACUCUCAUUUUCUGAUUUCAAUCCGUUCCCCGUACAUUGAAGAGUUUUUGAAACAAAGAGACCAAGACCUGCUCGUAAAACUAUACAUGGAACAGCAGAAGUAUCUUGUGGCGGCGAAGGUGUGGUGGGCGCGUGCCCAUGAGAAUACAAUGGACGAAGACGGGUACGCCACGUCUUCCGCUCGUGUCGUCUCCAAUGAUCCGGAUAUUGUCAAGCGUCAGUACUACGUGUCGAAGUCUUUGGGCUGCUUGAAAUCUUUGGAAGAUGCAGGUGAGGCCGCAGAGGCCGUUCGAGAAGUACGCGACGUGCUCGACGUACUGCAAUUGCAGGUGCGUGUUUUGAAGGCACUUGAACAAAAGGUUAUUGAGCUGGAGACGUCCCCGACAGCUACGACCGAGCAGCUGCAGGAAAGUAAAAGUGACGUGCGGCUUUUAACCUAUAAGCAGUUUGACGCGUCUACAUUAUACAACCGGUUCGCGUCGAAGUACGACAUGUGGACAGAGUGCUUACAUAUCAUUCAUGUGUGCAAGUCAGAGGAAGCAGAUGUGAUUGCCGAGCUGUGGCGGAAGACCAUUUUCAAUCUGCUGCCCCAAUCUUCAUACAAUGCUGCAUUUAAUGCAUGGCGAUUGGAUCAGCGGGAGAAAGCUGGGUUGCCUAUAUCAUCCGGCAGUAGCGGCGGAGGCUCCUCUUUUGAGAGCGGAAAUUGGAUCGGCCAAAUGCAAUGUAAGAUUCUGCGCCUGGGCAAGUCGCUCUACCCUGAAGGCGACGACAAGCAUAGCGGCUCAGCUGCUAGUAUUUCCGGCUUUGUGUUCCCGGUAGGAUUCCUGGCCGAUGUUCUGGAGUGCAUUUCUUUGUGGUGUAUUCGAUCUACUGGUGUAAGCACGUUCACUGGAAGCGCCGCCUCAGCUUCGGCUAUCGACGCGACGACAUUCAGUUGGGUGCUCAAGUUGUUUCUGGAUGUGGGCGUGCCUCACCGAGUGCUUCUGAGCAUCUAUGAGCAGCUCUACCGCGAGCAGCCGGAGCAGCUCUACCGCGAGGGCUGGACGCUACACUUGCUGCAGUCCAUACUGGCGAUUAUUACCAUUUGGAAGAAGCACGCCAUAUCCCCGCGUGCUGGCAAGGACCAGUUUGCGGAGUUUGCUGCCUUCUGUCCGAACGUCGUUGAUCUCUGUGAUGGGUUUAUCACGGACCUGCGUGCUACAUCACAAGACGAGAACGGGAAGACAUCGACGCUACUAGAACGAUUUCGCCGAGUCAAGGAUGAACUGAUGAACUUCAGAACUCGCGUGUAG